AAAAGAAGAUUUAUUUCUAAAAUACCUUUCAUGUGUCCAUAACCCCCCUGCUGUAACAGUAAAAUCUGUCCAGCACAGAGGCCUUCAGCUCUUAUUUGUUUACCUCACCGUUGGACAGAAAAAGUUAGAAAAUAGAGGAAGAAAUGAUAAAAUCAGAUCAUCAGAAAAUUGUUUGUGUGGCAUCUUUGAGUGUCCUACAGACACACACCCCAUGCAUGCAGCAUUGGCCUGCAGUCAGUUAUCUUCUUUUUUAAUUUCACUUUUAUUUAUUUAUUUUUUGGACAGCUCUCACUAAGAAUUUGCUGCAGGCGAGGUUCUUUAUUCUCUUCGGGACCUAUCAGACUACGAUCAAAACUGUUUAUUUAAAUUGGAGAGUCUACAUAACAACACGUAUUUAAGUGCUUUGAAAAGUCCUGUUAAUGAAGAUGCAAAUUAUUUUAGUCUUCAGUUUUCGAAAUGAUUAAAGGAGCUCUUUUAGUUUGCAGCCCCUCUAUUACAACAUGUGGCUUUGAACAUGAACAGUUUUUUUUUCUUCUUCUUUAAGCAUAAGGUGCUGUGCCAUUUCUAAGACACCAUCACGGAAGACAUUCAUAAUGGAGCACCAUAAUUAAAGUCUGAUGAAGGCCCUUAUUAUCAAGCAGAAGACUGUUGCCUUUUUUAGUCCAUAUGGUAUUCACUAAAGCCGUUUGAUUGACAGUGAAAAAGCAACAUUCAAAAUAAUCCUAACAGAAACACUAAACAGGAGGAAUGAAAACUUCAAGCUUUUUGAGGAGCCAUUUUAUACCAAACUAAUUGGUGAGGUGGAGAAAGGAUCCCUUCCCCCCAUCUGACAAAAAAAAAAUAAUUUUUGUGGGGUAAGAAUUUUGGUAGAAGUAUUUACAGUACCUACCUGUCUUUUAAACCAGCCUGUGAUUAUAGGUUGCUUAAUGAAAAUGAAAAGCACAGUGAAGCAGCAGGAGUUGGUCUGCUGAUUAAGCCUGUAGUUAAUUAAAAGCAUCAAACAAUGCAGCUCCUAUUUUUUAUUUGUGCAUCGUUUGACGGAAUAUGGAGAUAACACUCUAUAAAGGUUUUUGUUUGUUUGUUUGUUUGUUUUUCUCUGUAGUUUUGAGUCACUCCAAUUAAACUCCAUGGCACAUUUGUGACAAAUAUGACAGAAUUUUGUGACCGAGUAUAGACAUACAAAUCAGAUUCAGCUCGCCAGUUCCAGGAUCAAAUCUGUAAUCCCACCAUCAAAAUAUGGAUUACUUCAAAUUGCACAUCUUCCCCUUUUUCUCUUUUUUUCUUCUUUCUUCUCAGACACUGAGUACACUGAACGUGACGCAUGUAAGUUCAAGGAAAUCAUAUGGGAACAAGGUGUCUCCCACACCGGUGACAUUGAAGGCAGCACAACUCCGUGCUGUGGAGAGUAAGCAGAUGUAACCCCGCCUUGAAUGUCCAUGGUUCUCCUCUCUCGCCGCGUCUCCUUCCUCCUCCUCCGGUAUCGACGGUAACUCCGCUGCGUGCGUAAAGCUGCAGGAGAACAAGAGGACAAUUUUACCUUCUACUCCACUUCUCCCAAGAACAAAACUGAAGCAUCCCAACCUUUUUAAUUUUCAUUUUUCUAACAACAAGCUGCUGGAAAGAUUCUUCCAUUUAUUCAAGUGUGUUUUUUUUAUUUCCAUGCAUAUUUGUGCCUCGCAGUGGUGCGUUUUUUCCUCCCGUCGAGCCAGCCUCAACUAAUGAUUCGCACCCAAGCAGAUGCACAGACACGGUUCGUUUAAAGAAUAAGAAAAAAACUAUGUACAAAGCAAAGAAAGGACACAGUUGGAACUAAAUGUGGAUGCUCUUGGAUUUAAAAAUUACCGGUGCCUAAAAGAACAAAGACUGAGUCAAACUUAUGGCGUGAAGGGCCCGUUCUUGGCCUCUGUCACUCCCUCAGCUAAUGGAUGUCUUUACCCACUAUGCCUACAAUGACAGCUUCUACGACAACGGAACAUGGAGCUUCAACAACACAGAACCAUUGCCGAAGCACACCUACAACUACUAUGCCAUGCUUCUCACGCUGCUCAUCUUUGUCAUCGUCUUUGGCAACGUGCUGGUGUGCAUGGCGGUGUCCAGAGAAAAGGCUCUGCAGACCACCACUAACUACCUGAUCGUCAGCCUUGCUGUAGCUGACCUUCUGGUUGCCACGCUGGUUAUGCCAUGGGUUGUCUACUUGGAGGUAGUGGGAGAGUGGCGCUUCAGCAAGAUCCACUGUGACAUCUUUGUCACUCUUGAUGUGAUGAUGUGUACAGCCAGCAUCCUCAAUCUUUGUGCCAUUAGCAUUGAUCGAUACACAGCAGUGGCAAUGCCAAUGCUGUACAACACACGCUAUAGUUCCAGGAGAAGAGUCACAGUCAUGAUCUCUGUGGUCUGGGUUAUGUCUUUUGCCAUAUCAUGCCCCUUGUUGUUUGGGCUUAAUAACACAGCCACCCGUGAUGAGUCUCUCUGUGUGAUUGCCAAUCCGGCCUUUGUGGUGUACUCCUCUAUCGUGUCCUUCUAUGUACCCUUCAUCAUAACUCUGCUGGUUUAUGUGCAAAUUUAUGUGGUCUUGAGGAAGCGCAGGAAACGUGUAAACACAAAGCCAAAGCAGCGCAUCUGCCAGGCAGCUGACACUGACGGGGCCACUUCACUGAAGGAUAAGUGCACUCAUCCAGAGGAUGUCAGGCUGUGCACCAUGAUUGUGAAAUCUAAUGGGAGUUUUCCUGUCAACAAGAAGAAAGUGAUUUUCAUCAAAGAUGUGGCCAACGAUGGGGAAGAUCUGGAGCUGGAUGAGCUGAACAACAGUGGCAGCAGCCAGAAGCAGAAGCAGCUGACGCAGAGUGUUCUUGGAGACACUCCGGCAACCAGCCACCAGCAACUAAUGCCUAGCAAGGCCAACGCCAGUCCCACUUCCACACCGCCCACACCCCCAGAGGAGGGUCAGAAAGCAGAAAAGAAUGAAGAUACCACGGAUGUCCUGACUGACCCAGCACCCAUUGUAGCCAAAGCCUUCCAGACUCAAGCCUUACCUAAUGGCAAGACUCAGACGUCUGUCAAAACCAUGAGCAAGAGGAAAAUCUCCCAGCAGAAGGAGAAAAAGGCAACUCAGAUGUUAGCCAUUGUCCUUGGUGUAUUCAUCAUAUGUUGGUUGCCAUUUUUCAUCACGCAUAUCUUGAACACCCACUGCACGAAAUGCAAGGUUCCCGCUGAGAUGUACAAUGCGUUCACUUGGCUGGGCUAUGUAAACAGCGCUGUAAAUCCCAUCAUAUACACCACCUUUAAUGUUGAAUUCAGAAAGGCUUUCAUUAAGAUCUUGCACUGCUAAACCUCCACAUCAAUGUCUGAUAAGAGUGAAGAAAAAUGAUAAAUAAAGGGUUAGGCCACAUCUAUUGGCAAAUACCUCAUUCUGUGAAGGAAGUCACAUCGCAUGGGAAACCGCAAUCUGCUUUUCAAAGUUACGGAUUACAGUGAUUGAAAAAAGACUGAUGAUUUCUUCUAAAAAAAAGGCACAUCUGCUCUUUAUGUGAUUUGCUGUGGAGUACAUAUCUCCAUACCACUGAAUGUAAAACAAGAAAAGUCUGUAACAAUGACCUGCUUGUGAAAAGAAAAAGAAAGUAACCUUGUUCUUAAAAAAUCAUUGUGCUUGUUAUGUAAGGAGCCAUCUGUUUAUAUCACACACAUGCAAACUGAUAUUUAAAAGUGUGUGCAUUUCAUGUUUUGAUGAUGGAGACUUUCUGCAAAUCUUAAAGACAUCAGUGUUUCAUACAGUGUUAAAAAGGAUGAGUCAGCUCUUAUUAUUGAAAUCUAUAUCACUGACAGGAAUGUGUGUCGAUGGGAAGAUUUAUUUGCUGUACAGUGCAGCGAUGCCAAUAUGUACAUUUUUCAAUUUUAUAAAAUAAUAAAUCUAUACCAUCAUCAUUAUUAUUAUUUAUAUACUUCACCGGUACUGUACAUAGUUUUUCUUACAUCAACUGUGAUAAUAUGCCUGCAAUGACAAUGUGAUGCAUGCUACAAUGCUCCUUUAUUUGACUUUUAUUGAAAUGUAUGUUUUAAAAAAGAAAGAAAUAAGUAAAAGAUCUACAAUAAAUGAAGUUCAGAUGAAGUAAGUACUAAAUGAAAAGUGUUGUUGAGUGUCAGGGCUUUUGUCUGCUGUUUAAAGCAUUCAAGCUCAUACACUUACGAAAAUAAAGUCAGAGAUUUCAUG